UAUUAUUAUCAAGACGCGGGCGAUAUCGAUCCUGGAGAAAAUGCAGCACGUUACGCUUCCAGGUACCGACCUCAAAGUUUCCCAGCUCUGUCAUGGUUGUUGGCAGUUUAACAACAACACGACUACAGUUAACUGGGAUGCACAGCCUCUAGAGGUUUCAAAAUCAAUAGUUGACAAAUGUUUUGAUGUUGGAAUCAACUUCUUUGACACAGCUCAGGGCUAUGCUGGCUCAGAGGAGGUGUUGGGGGAGUGUCUGCAGGGUCGACGCCAGAAUGCUGUCAUUGCCACGAAGUAUGGGUUUCGAGAAGGGGUGGGAACUCCCCCAUAUUCUGCUCUUGAUAUACAAGAAGCCAUCGAAACUGCUCUCAAGAAACUAAAAACAACAUACAUCGACAUCUUGCAGAUCCAUUUUCCAAGCUUUGUGAAGGAUAAAGAUGAAACAAUAACCGAGUUGAAAAGACAGAUUGGACUGGGGAAGAUUCGCUAUUAUGGUGUAUCUAACUAUGGUCCUAAAAACCUGCGAGAAUUCUUGGCUGCAGGAGCCAAACCAGUUGUUAACCAGAUGGGCUACAAUUUGCUGUGGCGUUCUGUUGAGGAUGAAGUGCUACCCAUCUGCAAGGAAAACAACAUCAGUGUCCUGGCUUACUCCACUUUACAGCAAGGACUACUUACUGGGAAAUUCCACAAACUGGACGACAUUCCUGAAGGUCGGAGGAGAGGCAAGCUGUUUAAAAACACUGAAGGAAGUAACAAGUUGGCGCGACAUGGUCAGGAAGGUGCUGAAGAAGAAAUGAUAGUGGCACUGGGUAAAAUCCAAGAAAUCUGCAACAAAGCUGGAGUUACGAUGUCGCAGGCAGCUAUUUCAUGGCUGUUACAGCAAGAUGGCGUGGACUCUGUGAUAACAGGGGCAAGCACUCCACAGCAGGUCGUAACCAACAGCAACAUUGUUAAGUUAUCACAGGAUGUCGUCAAACAGUUAUCUGAGGUGACAGAACCAGUGAAAGCAAAGAUAGGAAAAACCCUUGACCAGUGGGCAACACCAGAUAGAUGUGAAUGAAAUCCAAAUAAUUCAGAUUUUUCAUAAAUAUGUCUCAAUAUAAACUGUGAUUUGAGGUUUUGGGUAAAAUCAUUGUCGACUGAAUUUGGUGAUUUUUACAAAUUACAAAAUUUAUAUAUUCAGAAUAGUGCUGCAACGAUAAACCGGUAUACCGGUAUACCACGAUAAUUGAUCAGCUCGAUACAAACCGUGGUACAGUUUUGCGUAUCGCGAUUUGUAUACGCUAUUUUUGUUCCUUGUAUCUUAUUUGACUUGAAAUAGGCACACAAACAAACAAACAAAAACCACAUCAUUUUAUUAAUUGGUGAUGACAGAAAAUGUAACAAUCACGUCGAGCGUAGUCGGCUUACUUGUUGGCA